UUGUUCAGUUCAUCUUCAUCAAAUCCAAAAUUCCAGAUCCUCUUUACAUGAACAAAAUCAAAAGCUGAAGAAUCUCACCGGCCACCGCUAAUGGAGAUCAUCAACAACCGAUGGACAUCAACCGCAGCAAGUAUAUGGAUUCAAACAACCUCCGGUUUAUCCUACACAUUCGGAAUCUAUUCAUCCGUCCUCAAAUCCAGUCAAAACUACGAUCAAUCCACACUCGACACUGUUUCCGUCUUCAAAGACAUCGGCGCCAACUUCGGCAUUCUCUCCGGCCUAAUCUACGCCUCCGUCGCAGCUCGAGGUCGCAGCGGUAUCGCCGGUCCUUGGUCUGUCCACCUCGCAGGCGCAAUCCAAUGUUUCAUCGGUUACUUCCUCAUCUGGUUAUCGGUAAUCGGCGUUAUUGAUAAACCGCCAUUGUUUGCGAUGUGUUUGUUCAUGCUUAUCGCCGCUCAUUCUCAAACGUUCUUCAAUACUGCUAAUGUUGUAACUGCCGUCAGUAAUUUCCCUGAAUACAGUGGAACUAUCGUUGGAAUCAUGAAGGGAUUUCUAGGUUUGAGUGGAGCAGUGUUGAUACAGGCUUAUAGAACGUUUUUACCUGGAAAUCCAAGUGGAUUCAUACUAAUGUUAGCCUUGUUGCCAACGAUUAUCUCGAUUUCGUUGAUGUUUUUGAUUAGAAUUCAUCCAACAACUAGUGCAGGAAUCGAUAAGAAAUACUUGAAUUGGUUCUCAUACAUUGCUCUUGCCGUGGUUACAUAUCUUCUGAUAUUGAUAAUCCUGGAAAAUUUCACCACUCUUUCAACAUUAGCACAUCUAAUUACAUUCACAGUACUUCUUCUUAUGCUGGCUUCACUCUUCCUACUCGCAAACAGAGCUCACCGAGGCGAAUCAUCUCGGUUACUAGAAUCCACGACAAACCAACUCAUCGAAGAAAACUUAGAUGAUAAAGAGAAUUCUAUAUCGAAAGAUAUAAACCUCGUGCAAGCAAUGCGCACGAUGAAUUUCUGGUUUCUUUUUGUUGCCAUGUUGUGUGGAAUGGGAUCGGGGUUAGCCACGAUCAAUAACAUAAGUCAAAUUGGAGAAUCCCUAAAUUAUAGAACAGUGGAGAUUAACACUUUAGUUUCAUUAUGGAGUAUUUGGAAUUUUCUAGGUCGUUUCGGAGCUGGUUACAUAUCUGAUAUGUUUCUUCAUUCUCGAGGAUGGGCGAGGCCAAUUUUCAUGGCGGGUACUCUCGCAACCAUGUCGGUUGGCCAUCUGAUUAUUGCGUCUGGUUUUCGGGGGAAUUUGUAUGUUGGUUCUGUUUUGGUUGGGAUUUGUUAUGGUUCGCAAUGGUCGCUUAUGCCUACUAUUACUUCGGAGUUGUUUGGGGUUUUAAAUAUGGGCACUAUUUUUAAUACGAUUUCGAUUGCUAGCCCUGUUGGUUCUUCUAUACUGUCUGUGCUUGUUAUUGGUAAGAUUUACGAUAGGGAAGCUUCUUCUUCGGGUGAUGGAAACUCGUGUUUUGGCACAAAAUGUUUCAUGUUUUCGUUCUUCGUCUUGGCGACGGUUAGCUUUUUAGGGUUCUUGGUUGCUUUAGUGUUGUUUUUUAGGACUAAGAGGUUUUAUGGAGAGUUAUGGUUGAUACGGUUGAGGCAUUCGGGAAGGGAGAGUUAAGAUUAUUGUUGUUUGUAAAAUUAAGGUUGGUGUUUUUAUUUUUGCUCAUGUGUAAUAAUAAUUUAAUGUAUUACUUACUUUUAUAUAUUACAUUUGUUAAUUUAUUUUUUUCA